GCUCUAUUCCACAUACAAGGCUAUCGGUGUAUCUUGGUAGACAAGGUUGCGAAUAGCUACUACCUCAUACAACAAUAACCUUCAUCUCGUCAUCUCUUACGACUUUGAAUUGAAGCCAGUCGACUAAAUUAACUUAAAAUUAUACCCAACCUACCAUUACCGCGGCCGAGAAAUCAAAUACCUAUACCUACUCCACAACAAAUACACUCGUUUCUUCUAGUUCAGUAGGGCCUCGAAAUGGCACCUCGCAUCGAGGCUCAGGAGGUUGAAACGUAUUGGAACAUCUUCUCGACACGAACCAAUGGCGGCAAAUACUUAACAGGCGAACAAGCGGCACCGCUGCUGAAGAACAGUGGAUUGCGAGACGACCAGUUAGAGCGUGUGUGGGAUGUAGCGGAUGUUGAUAAUGAUGGUAAUCUCGACUUUGAGGAGUUCUGCGUCGCUAUGCGCAUCAUCUUCGAUAUAGUGAAUGGGGAAUACGCAGAUGUACCGACAACACUACCAGACUGGCUCGUCCCUGAAUCCAAAGCCCACCUCGUACAAGCAAACCGCGCCCUCACAGGGAAGCAAGUACAAUUUGAACAAGUUGACGAUGACUCGGAUACACCGGGACUGAAGGAUGGCUUCGACUGGUACAUGAACCCGCAGGACAAGUCCAAGUACGAGUCCAUAUACCAAGAGAACCGAGACAUGCGGGGCGAGAUAUCCUUCAACGCACUAGAAGGCCUCUACGAAUCCCUCGAUGUACCCGACACCGACGUACGCUCAGCAUGGAACCUAAUCAACCCCUCCGCCUCCCCAACCGUCAACAAAGACGCCUGCCUCGCCUUCCUCCACAUCCUCAACAACCGCCACGAAGGCUUCCGCAUCCCACGCACAGUCCCCGCGUCACUCCGCUCCUCCUUCGAGCGCAACCAAAUCGACUACCAACUCGACAGCGAGCGCAACCGGGGCGCCGCCUCCCGCUGGGCGGCCAAAGCAGACGACAACACAACCACGGGCCGCAAAGCCAAAUUCGGCGACCAAUACCUAACCCGUCUAGGCCGCGGCGCUUUCAAAGCCUCCGGCACAGACUUCAGCUCCGCGCAAAGCGACGAGCAAUGGGAAGAAGUGCGCCUAAAAAAGCAACUCCAAGAACUCGAAGACAAAAUGGCCAAAGUCGAAGAAGUAGCCACGCGUCGCAGUGGCGGAAAACGGGAUUCUAAACCCGCUCUUGUAAAACGCGAGUUGGAUCAACUUUUAGAUUAUAAGAGGAGGGAGUUACGCGAACUUGAGGAAGGAACGGGGAAGGUGAAGACGGGAAGUGGGUUGAGGGGUGUUGCGGAUGAUUUGGCGACGGUUAGGGAGCAGGUUGAUGGGCUGGAGACGCAUCUUGCGGGGCGUAUGCAGGUGCUAGAGCAGUUGAGACGGGAGGUUGAGGAUGAGAAGGCGGGGAGGUAGAUAUUUGAUAUUCUAAGGGAGACGAGCGUUUCGUCUAGUGAGUGCCUAAUAACUACCGAAUUGAACAACCAAGGUAAUGGGGCAACAUCCAUCUGUCAUGCCCUCUGGUGUAAAUCAACGGGCUCGGAUUUUGAGUUCGUGGCAGAUCGGUUAAGUUGAUCCAGGUCAGGCGUUAUAAUCACAUGAACUAGAUUAUCUACGGAUAUAACGCUUUUUCGCAUCACAGCAAGGGACAAGCGGGAGAAUCAAUAGUAUGCCA